GAUCUCUCUCUCUUGUGUUUUUUUUUUUGCUCGAUUUAUUUCGAGACUAGGAAGCGCGGAGAAUUGAUACAGGCUCGCUCGCUUCUGGGGAAGAAAUACAGUGAGAGAGGGGGGAAGUAGUAGGAGAGGCGUGGGUGCUUAGGCUUCCUCCUCAAGCUUCCAUCGACUUUUUUUUUUUUCAAUUAUUGAGGCGGUGGAGGUUCCACAAGAUCCAGGUAACCCAGAUUGCGCGAUGAAAAGAGGUUGAAAAAGAAGGACACAUCUUUUGUUCUGAUUCUCGAGCAUUCUCUUCGUAGAUCCCUUCUCCUACGCCAAAAAAAGUGGCUAUUUGGGGGCUAUAAGAAGAUUCGCUACCUCGUUCCUCAGAUCUAUCAUCUAUGCAAGGGGUUGGCUGGAUGUUGUUGUCAAGUUGUUUGAGGCACGGGAGGCGACGCCGUGGAACCCGUGAGACUCCGCGGCUGGAGAUCGUUCGGGAGAGAUAAGGUCGCGGCGAACAAGAUCGACCUCCAACCAAGUUGGUGUGCGCGUGAACCGUGAAGUGUGCACACACAAGGAGUGUCUACGGUCAUUGGGUUCACCGAGUUCACUACGCUUUGGGGGGCGGGAGGGGAGGUUGAUGGAUGAGAUGUCUCCAGCGCUUGCUUUCUCAUCUCAACCAAGUAGUGCGAGCUGUGACCCUGCUUCAGUGGAGGUCACUUGCCCCAAAAGAAUUGCAGAAGAAAAGGAUGUGGUAGUUGAUUCAAUGGAGUCGGCUGCUACUGAUUUGGCUGCUGGCCUUGAGCAAAUAGAGUCUGCGGCCCUAACCUCCUUGGAAGAGGAUGGAGAUAUGGAUACAGAUGAUCUAGAGACUCGAACAAUUCCAGGGAGUGAUGAGGAGGAUUUGACGUCAAUCGAUCCUGAAUUGUCUGCAGGAAGCUCUUGUUCAGUUAUUAUUGAUGGUAGCAGUGUGCCUGAAUUGUCUUCAGAUUCUUCUUAUGAUCUCGGGACACCUACAUCUGCGGAUGCAGGAAACAACCUUGGCAAGAUUGUACCAGUGCGAGUUUUAGAAGAGCUAUCUGACAAUCCGCUAAAUGACCAUAGUGCGGGCAGACCUACUGCUGAAUCGGAAGCUACUGGAAAAAAAUUGAGUGGAAGUAGCAAAGGCUCACGGAAUGUGUAUUUGAGAGAAAGUUUGCCUCUUUGGGGAUGCGUAACGAUAUGUGGGCGUAGGCCAGAAAUGGAGGAUGCAGUGGUUGUGGUGCCUAAGUUCUUUGAAGUACCCCUUCGAGCUGUUAUUGGUGAUCAAGUCUUGGAUGGCUUAGACCCUGACACCAUUCGUGUGUCAUUGAACUUCUUUGGUGUGUAUGAUGGUCAUGGGGGUGCUCAGGUUGCCAACUAUUGCCGGGAGCGCCUCCACCAUGUGUUGACAGAACUUUUGACAGACCUGGUUAACAAUAUUGGAGGCAAAAGUUGCAGUGAUUGGAAGAAACUGUGGGAGAAAUCCUUUGUUGUUUGCUUUCAAAAUAUUGAUGAUGAGGUUGGAGGGAAAGAAAGCAACAGAACUAUGGGAAGCACAGUUGAUACAUUCAAUGAAGACGAUCAUCAUUACUCAAGAGCACUGUCAGAACCUAUUGCACCAGAAACUGUUGGAUCUACAGCUGUGGUUGCUGUUGUUUGCCCAACACAAAUUAUUGUCGCAAACUGUGGGGAUUCAAGGGCAGUACUUUGCCGUGGCAAGCAACCCAUUCCUCUAUCAGUAGAUCAUAAGCCUAACAGGGAAGAUGAGUAUUUGAGGAUUGAAUCUCAGGGUGGCAAGGUCAUACACUGGAAUGGAUAUCGUGUAUUUGGUGUUCUUGCAAUGUCACGGUCUAUCGGUGAUCGAUACUUGAAACCAUGGAUAAUUCCUGAGCCAGAAGUUACCAUAACCCCACGAGUAAGAGAGGAUGAAUGCCUCAUUUUAGCUAGUGAUGGCUUGUGGGAUGUCAUGUCUAACGAAGAGGUGUGUGAUGUCGCCCGCAAGCAGAUUCUGCUCUGGCACAAAAGGAAUGGCCCCGUGUCGCCGUCAUCUCAAAGUGGCACAGCAGCUGAUCCGGCAGCACAAGCAGCCGCAGAUUGUCUAAUGAGACUUGCUUCCCAGAAGGGCAGCAAGGACAACAUCACCAUUAUCGUGGUGGAUCUCAAAGCACAAAGGAAGUUCAAAAGCAGGUCUUAACAUUGCCGAUUCGACUUCGGAAAAGAAGCAUGUGUACAUUAGACUUAAGUUUAGUCGGUUAAUAUUCCGAAACACUAUACUCAGGUCUUCACUUUCUUUGUUUGGGGCCUUAAGAUUGUAUGCUUAUAGAUAUUUAUAGAACAUUUCUAGCCUUGGCAAAAUCUAAUGCAGGUACUUCUGUGCCUUUAACUCUUGACUCGAGCCACAGCAGACUCAGAAAACUGGCGGGGAAGAAACAAGGCUGAACUUCUUGUAUGGAUCCAUCAGUAUCAUUCUGUUUCAUUCCCUGGACUAUGAAAUAUAAGAUGUAAUUAAAUGAAUGAUUCUUUGAAAUGUAUUAGAUUAAAAUUAUAAAGAGAAUGAAUCAUUCUUAUUCAA